AUGAAAACUCCAAAAUUGACAAUAACCCAACCAGCAAUGACGGAAAUUAAACAAAGCACAAUGAAACGAGUUAUUUUAAAAGUUAACACAAAACUUCCGAGGUUAUCUAGAUCAUCAUCUUCCUUUACAGCAAGGAAAUCACCAUUUUUAUCGAAUCCGGUUAAUAGCUUCGAUGAUAUUGACACCGAUCAUUCUUCGAUUGUACAAGAAAAAUUAUCUAAUAAAGAGAAUUUAGUGGAAGCACAUAAUCAACUUGAACAUUUGGAAACAUCCACAGAUAACGAUAUUAAAGACGAGUAUACAGCCGAUAAUAAUGAUAAUCAAGAAGCUCCCGUAUUAAUGCGUAAUAUUGCAAAGACGAUGUCAACUUCCACCACAAAGAUGCAAAAGACAAAUGUUAUCGCAGCAGCAGCAAGAUCAUUACCAAAGAAUUUUAUGCGUUCUUUACGAGGUGAUGCAUCGAAAAAAGAAAAUAAUAACCCGCCAAUUAAUACGUUGAUCACGACACCUUCGUUAUCACCACCUGUCGUUAGUCAGUUUUCAUACACAUCAUCAACAACAGUUAUUGAAAGAAAAAAGAAAAAUCGACGUUCAAGGAGUGAAAGUAUUUCGAUGACAGCGCAAGCUUUAUCGAAUAUGUUAAAACGAAGGUCAAAACAUCGGUCUGGUUCAAGCGAUUCCAUUUUAAAAAGGAAUGAUAAUAAUAGCGGAACACCUGCUUUAACUUAUGAAAGUUUUCCUGAUCCUGAUCCCGAUGAUUUUUUUAAUGUAUAUUCAUGGGAUAUACCGGAUUCUAUUGUUUCAAUGGAAGAUGCUGGUGGUGUGCUGCAAAUGAUCGAAUAUGAUGGAAUAUUUAUAAAUGGCGUUAAAGUUGAUUAA